AAGAUUUGACAAAUUUCGCUCAAAGCUGUUCCUAAUAAGAAUCCAGGAAUUUGGAUCAAAUUACAAAAUGAGCCAAGAACAGCCGCGGAAGCCCGAGGAUCAGACGGAAGCCGUGACAUAUGGGGACGUGUUUCCUGGUGUCCAGGGCGGUGAGCUGGCGGACAAGGUGGUGGCGCCCAAGGACACCGCCAUCAUGCAGGCCGCGGAGAAUGCGAUGCUUGGGAAGACCAUCAAGGGCGGUGCAGCCGCAACCUUGCAGGCCGCCGCCAAGCAGAACGAGAAGGCUGGGGUGGUGGGUCCCGACGACACGAAUGCCAAUAUUGUUACAGGAGACGAGGGCGUUAGCGUUAAGGAGGCUGAUCUCCCGGGACGCCGUAUAACAACAGAAUCAAUCGCUGGACAGGGUUCGCAUUCAAAUACAAGGAAUGUAGAUCAUGAAAAGCAAAGGAAAAUCUAUGAAUUGGUUGAGGCUGUGGGGCAAUACAGCCAGAGAGCUCCUUUGGCAGCGCCAAACACCAUUCAAGCUGGUGGGACUUGUGGUCAAAUCACCAUUGGUGAAGCCCUGGAGGCCACUGCUAUGACAGCUGGACAGAAACCGGUGGAGUGGAGUGAUGCGGCUGCAAUUCAAGCAGCCGAAGUCAGAGCCACUGGCCGAACCAACAUUGUACCCGGUGGUGUGGCGGCCGCAGCUCAGUCGGCCGCAACCCUCAACGCUCGGACUACGAAGGAUGAGGAGAAGACGAAACUCGCCGACAUUCUAGCGGAUGCUACUUCAAAAUUGCCAGCAGACAAACCGGCGACACGUCGAGAUGCCGAGGGGGUGACGGGUGCAGAGAUGAGAAAUGAUCCGUUUCUGACUACACACCCAACGGGCGUGGCAGCUUCGGUGGCAGCAGCAGCUAGGCUCAACCAGAUCAAUAGUAACGAAAUGCCAAAAUAGUUUGCAUGAGAAGUCACUGCUUUGUCUGAGCGUUUGUAUUUGGGUUUGGUCUUAGAACUAGCAAUAUAAGCGUACAUAAAGGAGGGGUUGGGUUGUCACUUUUACUAGACAUGCGUUGUUUUUCAAUCUAGGGGGUGAGAGGGCUUGUGCUUUCUUCUCAAACACAAGUGACCUAGUGUUUCGUUUGGGGCCAUUGAUGAAUAAGUGACCUAGUGUUCGUACGAAUUUUUAAAUCGACUCAAAAAAGGAAAGAUGAAUAGAAAGACAAGAUAUUUGUUCUGUAUUAUGGAAUAUAAAGGGAGGGCAAUAUGUUUGGCAAAGAAAAUAAAACAAAUCAACUCGACUAUUAUCUAGAGCAAUACCUGGUUGAGCAAAAUGCUAACACACUUUUCGCACAAACCCAAUGAUUAUGAGCAAUUCAAGCAUUUACAAUGAGAACUGAAAAUAGAGAUGCUUUAGAAUCACAUGUGAUUCAAGCAUUUUACUAGGACAAGCCUUCGAAACAAUUAUAGUAUGCACAAAACAAAAAAUUGGUGAAGCCAAAUUACAGUAUAUCGGCAAGUUGCCAUAUUUAAGUUGGAACCGCAAUCCAAAGCCUUGGAAACUAGACGCAAAGCCUUCGAAAGCAUAUUUGCACCAAACCAAAGAAUCGGAUAACCUUUUUCGGUUUCAAAAGAAUCGGAAAUUUGAUUCCUUAGAACUUACUACCCCUGAGGUAGCUGUUUU